AAGCUGGUAACAUGGAUGAAUUAUGUAUUACAUAUUUUGAACCAGUUUUGGAGCAGUCUCGUAAAUACAGAUUCGAUUAUGUUCCAAUUCCUGUUCAGGAACUUAUCAAAUGCAAAUUUUGA